AUUAAAAAUCUGCCUAUAAAGAGAAGGCUCUCUUUCGCUUCAUCUUUGCCAAACAAACGCAAAGAAAAACAUAGCCAUGGCUGCUUCUUCUUCUGCUUCAUUCACCUUUUUCUCUCUGCUUCUGGUUUCUUCUCUCUUUGUUUCUUCUUUGUUUUGUGUCUCAGAGGCACAACCUUCUGUUCCUGUGGUUAAAGGGCUUUCGUGGUCCUUCUACGAGUCUAGCUGCCCUAAUCUCAACUCCAUAGUCAGAAAACACCUCAAGAAAGUCUUCAAGGAGGACAUUGGCCAAGCUGCUGGCUUGCUUCGUCUCCAUUUCCAUGACUGCUUUGUUCAGGGAUGUGAUGGGUCGGUUUUGCUGGAGGGAUCAGCCAGUGGACCAAGUGAGCAGGAGGCGCCUCCCAACCUGACCUUGAGGGCAAAGGCUUUUCAAAUCAUCAAUGACCUCCGUGAGCUUAUCCACAAGAAGUGUGGCAGAGUUGUCUCUUGUUCUGAUAUCACAGCCUUGGCUGCAAGAGAUUCUGUUUUCCUGUCGGGUGGCCCUGACUAUGAUGUGCCAUUGGGAAGAAAGGAUGGGCUAAACUUUGCAACACAAAAUGCAACCCUAGCAAACCUUCCCCCUCCCUCAAGCAACACAAGCAAACUUCUCACAGACCUGGCAAAGAAAAACCUAGAUGCCACAGAUGUUGUAGCCCUCUCUGGUGGCCACACCAUUGGCCUUAGCCAUUGCUCCUCCUUCACUGGCAGGCUCUACCCAACCCAAGACCCUACCAUGGACAAAACUUUUGCCAAUGACCUCAAGGAAAUUUGCCCUGCAGAAGACACCAACGCCACCACCGUGCUCGAUAUCCGUUCACCGGACACAUUCGACAACAAAUACUACGUCGAUCUCAUGAACCGCCAAGGUUUAUUCACAUCGGACCAAGAUUUGUACACGGAUAAAAGGACAAAGGACAUUGUCAAGAGCUUUGCUGUUAACCAGACCUUGUUCUUUGAGGAGUUUGUGAAAUCUAUGAUCAAGAUGGGGCAAUUAAGCGUGCUGACUGGCUCCAAAGGCGAAAUUCGUGCAGAUUGCUCGGUAAGGAAUUCGGACAAUAAGAGUUACUUGUCCUCUGUGGUUGAAGAGGAUGAGGAGAGCUUGUCUGAGUUUUAGGCUCAAUGUGUUCAAUAACUUGACUUGUCUAUGUACUUGUUUCAUAUGCUUAUGUGCUAGAAACCUCUCACGUUUUGGUGUGCUUAGUGCUAAAAUGUUUGUAAUAACAGCCCCUUAAUUAUGUUAAAAUUUAGUUUGUUUCACCAAUCUGGUGCACCA